AUGUAUGAUGACUUCAAUGCGUUCAUGUCUAAAAUACCCACUCACCAAGUGGUCAUGGUCGAAAUUGACGCGAAUUCGAAAAUGGGAUUUGAAGCUGACUCCGAUGUUGGAGCACACGUCAGACAGCUAGAACCGUUUGGUCGACUUAUGCGAACAGACUUACCUCAUCAGCGUCCCCAACUGCUUAAAUGUAUUAUUUAUAUUGGAGUACAGACAAAGAGGAAACUACGGAAAGAGAAGGAUACAGAUUCUUCAGCAAUGCAUAUGCAGUACCUUCAUGUGCACGUCGCAAAAGAGCAUUGCUCGUUAGAUAUGGAAGGCAAGAGCUCAACAGAUCUCAUGCACUUGGCGUCGGAGGACAAUGCCACGGAGGAGCUUCGUAAGCUCGAGGAAUUUGUGGCAACUCUUUCUUACGGCAAGGAUCUGUUCCCAUCUACUCGAAGUUUACUUGUUUAUUCUUUCGGGAAUCGAAGCAUAUCUAAUUUGCUCCGCUCUGUUAUGGUCAAUCCGCGAUACUUGAAUAGAUGUAAAGAAAUCACAAAGAUCCUUUGUUGUGCUGCAACCGAAGCGGUCGAUUCUUUACUUGAACAAAACGGGUCCAUGAGGAAAACCGCGCGAGUUCUUGAACAGUUAGCACUUUUCUGGGAAGUCUAUCAGAUCAUAAACAUGCCUGAUCUAUUUCAGUCCAACGACUUAUUAGUCCUAGAAGAUUUGGUGAAGAAAAUCACUCGUAUGAUCAAAAACGCUGGUUUUGAUAAGAAGAUUUUGCGAUCGUUGCCGCUAGACUUUCUUCGUGUUCUAAAUAUUGAAGCUUCCGAAUCUGCUGUGGAAAAUCUCAACCAAAUUUCUCUACCUCUUUUUCUCAAAGAGAUAUCUCAGCACAGUGUGCAACUGAAAAAUACAACUCAAGAACAUUCAAGUUCUCCUCUGCAGCGUUUUACUCUUUCACUCGAAAAAGAGCUCGAGAAAAUCCAAGCGGGAGACAUAGAUUUAAACCUCCUGAGAGAGUUGAGCAACGUAAAGUUGGAGGAAUACUUGCCUUCGAAAGAUGCUGCGAAAUUGAGUUCAAUGCUAACUUCUAAGCUUGACGUGGUUAACAGUUCAGCGGAAGUAGGAACUACUUUUUGCGCUCUGCUUGAGAACUUCUUUUCCAUGUUAUCGGAAGAUGACAAGAAGACUAUUAUGAAGUUAAUGUAUGAGAAACACCUUUCUGAACACGAUUGUUUGCCUUCUCUAGAAAAUUAUCUGCAGGAUGCUUCUUCCGGAAUCACUCAAUGCAUAAAUCAAAUAGGAGAUCAUGCUGACAUAUACAGUGAUGCGGCAAAAUUCGAAAUGGUUCGGGAUAAGAUGUCCUGGUAUUUACUCACAACUCCACGAAUGACAGUCUACAGGUUGUUACUGCAAAGUCUCGAGAACAAGCUGAUUGUACCAGGAGUUGUAAAAAUGUUGAGCUUCUAUCCCGUACUUUUACAAAUCCAAAUAAAGUCGGAGAAAGUAGUCUCUGAACGCGUCCCUCUGUUGUUUGAUUUAAUUGUCUCUAUUUUUGAGGAGCAUUCUCAUAGGUGGACAAAUGCUGAACAGCAAGAUCGUCUUGUUUAUCUUUUGGCAUCCCUUUGUCGUAGAAGACGCCCCAGAAAAGUGAAAGAUAGUGAAGAUGUCAUAAAAUCGCCUCUUAUGGGUGCUGUGCAAUCGGUUCUUGAUGGAGGCACAUUGCUCAGGUUCUUUGUUGUGCCGAAUCUAAUGAAGAGAGUGCAUGAGGUCCUCAUGCUCAAAUUACUUCUAAGGCUUUUCCAAAGCGUUGGUACUAAGGAAAUCUAUUUUGAAUGGACGACAUGCAUUGAUCAGAACAACUCUGACUCUAUCCAAGCUCCUGAGCUUAUUAUACUAGUAGUGGAAUUGCUUGUGGAAUAUGAGGCAAAAAAUCAGCAAGCUUCAGAUAUUUGUCGUAGUAUAAUUAAAUUUCUCAGUAAGAAGCUUGAAGGAGCAGAUAUUGUUUUCGAAAAGGACACGGUUGAUUUCUUACUCUUUUCACUACGGCGCUAUCAGUGGUGGCUUAGAUAUGCGAUUUGCAGCUGGUUUUCUUAUACACUCUCAACUCCUACGCAACAGCUGCCAACUGGCCUGUACAAAUCUCUUCCACUUGAUCAGCAGGAGCGAUGUGAACAAAUUUCUGUAGAUUUUUCGUUCUCACCUGCAGAGUGCUUCUUUCGGUCAUUUUUCGAAUUGGCUCUUUUUGACAUUGAAUUAGCAACGGAUUUUCUCAGUAGAGGUAUUUCUAUACAUCCUCGCGACGAAAAUAUUGUUGAGAAGAUAGCAUUGGCAUUGGUGGAAUCUUAUGAACAAACUUGUAGUACACAAUCUGUAGCCUCCUUAGCCCCGCUACUGCAAGAAUUAAUGAAGGUCCUCGAUCCUUCUCAAGAGGUUCGCUUCAUAGAGUUUUUGUGUGAGAGCACGUUUCAUGGGUUACGGCUCAUCCAACAUUUGUUGUUGCUAUCCACUGCGGUAAAAAUAGCAUACUAUAAGAGUUCCGACAAAGCGUUAAACAAUUCCACACGUUUCAAAGAUUCUGUUACUGACACAGCCCACGUCGCUAAUGCUCUCCUGCAAGGAUUUUGUGAACUUGCGAAAGCUCAUGCCGAGAAAGAGGUAGUCAACCUACGUAGAAGCAAGUUACCUUUCCCACCUGAAAUCAAGGAAGAUUAUCUGCCACCUGCUCAAAUUACGAUACGCCGAGACGAGCGUGUUUAUGCACAACUAUCUGCAUUAUUCAAUAUUUCUUGUUCAAUUACCAGAUUAGUUGUUCAGCCACCUGUAGCUCUUCAAGUUCUAAUAAACUGUUUGGCUGAACUGUUGUUUGAAGUGCAGAAAAUGCGAGUUGGAACAUUCCUUGACGACUUACCUUCUGACCACUUCAAGAGCAAUACAGUUUACGCUUUUGCCCAUCCGCCACAUCCCAAUAAAGAAGCUGGAGGUCCUAAGCAACUAAAUGCAACAAACCAAGUGCGAGGUAGUUCUACACAUGCCGCCACCGUAGUAAGAAAUAAGGAUGGAACUUAUUCUGUUGAAAACGAACUCUUUGAUCCAAACAGUACACUAAGGACGAAAGGUUCCGCUGUGGAACCGUUAGCAAUGGCAAGACAAAUUACCGGGAUUAAUAUGAGAAAGAGUGCAGAGAAUCGACUCUCUUGCAAAGAAACUCUCAUACACCCCACCAACUCAGCAGAAGCGUUAUCCGAUCAGCGCGAUAGCUUAGGUAAAAAUGGAAAGAAGAAACGAGCUGUUAAACGCCGUUAA